ACAGCUUAAGUUAUGAAACAUUUGCUGCAGCAGAAUGCACCUUGGUCUCCUGGAAGAGGAGGUGGGGUAGAAGGGGCACCGGUUACAGGUCUGGCAGGCAGGUAGGACCUGCAGCCGCUCCCUCCCAGCCACUCCACACGGCAUCAGUUCCUGAGAAGUUAAUCUCCCUCUCCUGAAGCGUUUCUGCUUCCUUCCGGAGAAGUAUUCUCUGUCCAGCUUCUGCCAGAAGGGAAAGUUGGUUGCCAUGAACUCUGCUAUCCCCAGUCGCGAGCUUCCCAGCUGCUUGCAGAGGGAUGAGGAAGUGCUUAGCCCUGACACUGAUGGCCAAGACAGGAAGAAGGAUGGGAAGCCUGGGAGUCCCAGUGGCAACAGCAGCCACCUGGCCUAUGGCAUCUUGGACGUCCCUCCAUGGUAUCUCUGCAUCUUCUUUGGGAUCCAGCACUUCCUCACAGCCCUGGGGGGACUCGUGGCAGUGCCGCUCAUCCUGGCCAAGGACCUGUGCCUGCAGCAUGACCCCCUGACCCAGAGCUACCUCAUCAGCACCAUUUUCUUCGUCUCUGGCAUUUGCACUCUCCUGCAGGUGUUUUUAGGGGUCAGGCUCCCCAUUCUCCAGGGAGGCACAUUUGCUUUUGUGGCACCCUCUUUGGCCAUGCUGUCUCUUCCGGCCUGGAAAUGCCCAGAGUGGACACUCAAUGCCAGCCAGGUGGAUCCCAGCUCUCCUGAAUUCACUGAAGAGUGGCAGAAAAGGAUCCGAGAGCUGCAGGGCGCCAUUAUGGUGGCUUCCUGUGUGCAGAUACUGGUGGGCUUCUCUGGCCUAAUUGGCUUUGUCAUGCGCUUCAUUGGCCCCUUGACCAUCGCUCCAACCAUCUCCCUGGUGGCCCUGCCUCUCUUUGAAUCGACAGGUGAGGACGUCGGAAUCCACUGGGGGAUCUCCUCUCUGACUAUCUUCCUCAUCGUGCUGUUUUCUCAGUACCUAAAGAAUGUCGCGGUGCCUGUGCCUGUUUAUGAAGGAUGGAAGAAAUAUCGCACUGCCAAGUUCUACGUGUUUCAGGUCUUCCCUGUGCUGCUGGCCCUCUGUCUGUCCUGGCUCCUCUGUUUUGUGCUCACCAUCACUGACGUCCUCCCUUCAGCCCCCACUGACCCAGGGUACCUGGCCCGCACUGACUCAAGAGGCAGCGUCCUGAGCCAGGCCCCUUGGUUUCGCAUCCCUUACCCAGGACAGUGGGGCCUCCCGACCGUCAGCCUGGCUGGGGUCUUCGGGAUCAUCGCUGGCGUGAUCUCCUCCAUGGUGGAGUCCGUGGGUGACUACUAUGCCUGUGCCCGGCUGGCAGGAGCCCCACCCCCUCCAAAGCAUGCCAUCAACCGUGGCAUCUGCAUCGAGGGCCUUGGCUGCCUGCUGGCAGGGGCCUGGGGGACAGGGAAUGGCACCACCUCUUACAGUGAGAACAUCGGGGCGCUGGGCAUCACCAGGGUGGGAAGCCGGAGAGUGAUUGUCGCUGCAGGCUGUGUGCUGCUCGUGAUGGGUGUGUUUGGGAAGAUUGGGGCUGCAUUUGUCACCAUUCCAACCCCUGUGAUUGGAGGCACAUUCCUCGUCAUGUUUGGGGUCAUCAGUGCCAUGGGGAUUUCCAAUCUUCAGUAUGUGGACAUGAACUCAUCUCGGAACAUCUUCAUCUUUGGCUUCUCCAUCUACUGUGGGCUUGUCAUUCCCAGCUGGGUGAACAGGAAUCCCGAGAAGCUGCAGACAGGGAUCCUCCAGCUGGACCAGGUCCUCCAGGUGCUGCUGACCACAAGCAUGUUCGUCGGGGGCUUCCUGGGCUUUCUCCUGGACAACACCAUCCCAGGAAGCCAGGAAGAGCGAGGCCUGCUGGCCUGGUCUCAGAUCUACAAGGAGUCUGAGACCACACUGCAGGCUUCAAAGGUCUACGGUCUGCCCUGGGGUGCCGGCACCCGGUUCUGUACGUGUUCCUGUGCCCGCGUGUUGCCCUUCUGGCCUAAGCCAGGCCAGGAAGAUGCUGGCCACAGGCCAAACGAGCCUUUGCUUCUGAGCAUCCUUAGCAGAGCACCUGAAUACCAGGAUCAGAUGGCAGCUGGCUCCGCAAACCAGACCACCCAGGACCACCAACCCAGGUCACACCUGGCUCCCUAGGUCACCACAGGCCACAAUGCAUCCUUCUGUUGUUUCCCAAACUCCAGCUUGGACCAACUCCCUGGGGCCCAGCAGAACUCUGCUUUUCCACCAAGUACUACUUUAACAAAUUAGGAGGAAGAGGCAGGAGGGGAUGGGCUAUUUGCUGAAAGAUGACACAACACAGGUUUCUUUUCCAAACACAAGUCAAGGCCCUGUCAUCCUCCCCUCCAAGUCCCUCUGCCAAGGCUUGUGUGGGCAGUGUGAGGAGUACCCCACUGGUCUAGCACCUCCUCCCAGUUCCUGGGGAGUCAUCCUCUCUCAGCUUGGGGACCCUGGCCUGGCCACCUUUCCCUGAGCAGACUUGAGGCAGGACAGUGGCUGAGCUCUGUUCUGUUGUGGCUCCCACAUUAUCCCUCUUUUCUUCUGUCUCCCCUCCAAGAGUGAAUGGUCUUCUGGGGACUCCAGCCCCACAGCAUGGUGGCCACCCAGUCCCUUUCAGGAGGACAAGGGCAUCCAGGUUAAGGGGGCUGAGUCCUCAGAAAGACGAGAGGGAAAGUCUGAGCCUCCCUCUCAUCCCAGGCCAUUUCCAUUUUUCUUCUGUGUCUGCUCCACAAUGUCUUGCAACCUCCCAAGCAACAUCCAGUGUCUACAGCUUCCCUGGGAAAUGAGUGCUUUGGUUGUGGCAGGCUUCAGAUGGGGACAUAUUUCAGAUGAUGUCAGAUAUUUCAGACUCUGCCUGUCUGCAACCUUUCUUGGUCAGGUCCAUGAAGGGUCCCACCCCUACCCACAAUCAAACAGAAAACCUGACCCUGCGCAGCAGCAAGUGGGCCACAUUUCCCUCAUGAGCGACUCCCACAUCCUUAGUGGAUUCUGUCUGUGUGCUGUUCCCCUUUAUGCUGCAGCAAAGGUUCUAAUAAAGCCUCUUUUUGGAUGGCACAGUCUCGCCUACCAUAAACCUCCA